AAUGGCGGCUGUGUAACAGAUGCAUUAAUAUAUUAAUUGUAUAAUGGCUAGCGGAGAAGAAAAACAACCCAUUCCCGAAAGAAUUUCAAAAAAUGUUCCUAUGCCACCAACACAAAAACUUUCCAUAAAGGAAGUAUUUGAUUCAGAUGGCAAGCCAAGAAUAGAUGUUUUAAAAGCACAUUUCAUAUUAGAAGGUAAAGUGGAAGAGGAGGUAGCAUUAAAAAUCAUAAAUGAUGGAGCUAAUGUUUUACGGCAGGAGCCAACCUUGUUAGAUAUAGACGCCCCUAUAACAGUGUGUGGUGAUAUUCAUGGGCAGUUUUACGAUUUAAUGAAAUUGUUCGAAGUUGGAGGUAAUCCAGCAACAACACGUUAUCUAUUUCUUGGGGAUUACGUUGACAGAGGGUAUUUUUCAAUAGAAUGUGUAUUAUACUUAUGGUCAUUAAAAUUGUUAUAUCCUAAAACGUUAUUUCUGCUUCGUGGCAACCAUGAAUGUCGACAUCUUACAGAGUAUUUCACCUUCAAAACAGAAUGUAAAAUCAAGUAUUCAGAGGAUGUGUAUGAUGCAUGUAUGGAUGCAUUUGAUUGUCUUCCGUUAGCAGCUAUAAUGAAUCAACAGUUUUUAUGCGUCCAUGGAGGCCUCUCCCCUGAAAUUCACACCUUAGACGAUCUUAAAAAAAUUGACAGGUUUCGUGAGCCACCGGCAUUUGGACCAAUGUGCGAUAUGCUUUGGUCAGACCCUCUGGAAGAUUACGGUAGUGAGAAAACAUCCGAACAUUUCUCUCACAACAGCGUUAGGGGAUGUUCUUAUUUUUACAGUUAUCAGGCAUGCUGUGAUUUCUUACAACGAAAUAAUCUACUCUCCAUAAUCAGAGCUCACGAAGCGCAAGACGCAGGGUACCGGAUGUAUAGGAAAAGUCAAACGACCGGCUUUCCGUCACUGAUAACAAUAUUUUCAGCACCCAACUACUUGGACGUAUACAACAACAAAGCCGCUGUACUUAAAUAUGAAAAUAACGUGAUGAAUAUUCGACAGUUCAACUGCACACCUCAUCCCUACUGGCUACCCAACUUUAUGGAUGUGUUCACAUGGUCUAUCCCUUUUGUUGGCGAGAAAGUCACUGAGAUGUUGGUGAAUGUGUUGAACAUUUGUACGGAUGACGAGUUAGAACCGGAUAGUGAGGAGGAAGAAGAAUCCAAGAAACGCAAGGAAGUAAUUCGUAACAAGAUUCGUGCUAUUGGUAAAAUGUCUCGUGUAUUUACUGUGUUAAGAGAGGAGAGCGAAAGCGUGUUAGAAUUAAAAGGUUUAACGCCCUCUGGUACUCUUCCUGUUGGCAUCUUAUCGGGUGGCAAAGACUCAUUAAAAUCCGUAUUAACUGAUAUGUCACUCGGCGAAGGCGGCACAAAGAAAAUCCACGGUUUCGCCGACGCGAAGAAUUUGGAUCGAGUAAACGAACGCAUGCCUCCUCGUAAAGACAGCGAAAAGCGUAAAAAGUAGUCGAAAGAAAGUAUGCGUAGAAAGAACGAACAUUUUUUAAAUUUUAAUAUGUUUUUUUGGUUGGGUCGCUUAUCUUCUCUAAUCGCUUCUGUUGAGUAUGAAGAAACAGAAAAGAUGAAAAGAUGAUGACGGAGGAAAAAGAAGGAAAAAAAAAGAGGAAGAGGUUAAGAAAGAGUAUACAAUGAAUUAUUAAAUUCGUUUUAAUUGAUCUACGUAUAGAAGCCAACUUACGAAAAGUAAAGUGAUUUUUAACUGGACACUUCUAAGAAAGAGAGACCUGCAUACAUCGUACUGGGAUUUUUCCCCUUCCUUAAAUUAUGUUCAAUGUUCUAUAUCUUCAUGCAUUAUAUUUACGAGAAAAAAAAUUGAGUUUUAUUUUUAGCUUUAUUUUUCUGUCUUUUUUUGCGCAUUUCAGAUGUUUUAUGUUUAUAUGUACAAGAAGUCUUCCACUGUUGUGUAGUUGCUCUUCCCGAGAAAAAGUUCAAAAUUAUCACGCAUCUUAUAAUUUUAAACUCAUUCGUAAAUUCUUUUCACAAAUUAUUUUGUGCUCAUGAUGUGUAACGUUUUAUGCAUUAUUUCGAUGGAAAGUUCUGUGGAAGAGCGAUCGAAGGCCGAAAUGCACAUAUAUUUACAAAGCUUUGCUACCAUGUUUGAAUAGCGCAACGAAGACAAUUAUAGUGCAAAUGAUAAAAAACCAAAUUCUCUAGUUUCCUAUAUUUGAAACUAUAAAUUUUGCUCUUUAAAAAUCUGUGUGCUGUUAUAGAAGGCUGUAGAAAGCUAUAGAAUAUAUGUGUUAUAAGGCUGGGAGACAUGUAGUCCUUUUAUUUUUACUAUAUAUCAAUAACUGCGAUAUUUAUUCAUAUUAUUUCUUUGACACUGUGCAACUUGGUACGAACUUUGAAAUAACAAAAAGACCUAGGAGGGAGCGUGAAAACGUGCACUCCUCCUUAGAUACUUUGUUAUUUUAACGCUAAAUUUUGAUUUGUGGUUGAUUUAUUUAUUGUUUUUGUGUUGUUUUUUUACGCUGCUUAGUUGCACUUACAUCAGAUCAUGUUGUAUAUUUGUCUAUUAUAACAAAUUCACAACCUGUUAUUGCUA